AUGCUCCAAGUUCAAAAACCACCACCACCACCGUUACCACCACCCUCGUCAAAACCACCACUGCCUUACACCACCUUCACCGCCACCACCACCUUCCACCACCGUGUUUCACCAUCACUACCUCCAUUGCAUUCCACCACCACCUUUCACCAUCGCUACCUCUAUUGCCUUCCACCACCGCCAUUGCCAUCGCCACCAUUGUUGCCGUUUUCAUCUACAACAUUGACGCUGCCACCAUUGCAUUCUACCACCACCACCACCUCUAUUGACUUCCACCAUUGUCACCAUUACCACCGCCAUCAUCACUAA